CCCGCCUUGUCGUUAGUUUUGGAAAUUUCUUCAGCAUAAUUCACCUGACAGCAAGUUACAAGUUCAAAAUCAGCUUCUCAUCAUGGCUUUGAAUGUUGCUCCCGUAAGAGACACAAAAUGGCUGACGUUAGAAGUGUGCAGGCAGUUUCAGAGGGGAACUUGUUCACGCUCCGAUGAAGAAUGCAAAUUUGCACACCCCCCUAAAAGUUGCCAGGUUGAAAAUGGAAGAGUUAUUGCCUGCUUUGAUUCCUUAAAGGGUCGCUGUACAAGGGAGAAUUGCAAGUACCUUCAUCCACCAACACAUUUAAAAACUCAACUGGAAAUCAAUGGCCGGAACAACUUAAUCCAGCAAAAAACUGCAGCGGCAAUGCUUGCCCAGCAAAUGCAGUUCAUGUUUCCAGGGACACCACUACAGCCAGUGCCCACAUUUCCAGUGGGUCCCACAAUAGGAACGAACACGGCUAUUAGCUUUGCUCCUUACCUAACGCCAGUAACACCAGGAGUUGGCUUAGUCCCGACUGAGAUCCUACCCACGCCGCCUGUCAUUGUUCCUGGAAGUCCACCAGUUUCAGUUCCCAGUUCAACUGCUACCCAGAAACUCCUCAGGACUGAUAAACUGGAGGUGUGCAGGGAGUUCCAGCGGGGGAACUGCGCGCGUGGAGAGACUGAUUGCCGCUUUGCGCACCCAGCAGACAGCACAAUGAUUGACACUAACGACAACACCGUAACCGUGUGUAUGGAUUACAUAAAAGGGCGUUGCAUGAGGGAGAAAUGCAAGUAUUUUCACCCUCCUGCACAUUUGCAGGCCAAAAUCAAAGCGGCGCAACACCAAGCCAACCAGGCUGCAGUGGCAGCCCAGGCAGCUGCAGCAGCUGCGACUGUGAUGACUCAGUCGACUGCCAAAGCAAUGAAGCGACCUCUCGAAGCAACUGUAGACCUGGCCUUUCCUCCUGGUGUUCUUCACCCUUUACCAAAGAGACAAGCACUUGAAAAAAGCAAUGGUGCCAGUGCCGUUUUCAAUCCCAGUGUCUUGCACUAUCAACAGGCUCUUGCCAAUGCUCAGUUGCAGCAACAUGCAGCGUUUAUCCCGACAGAUAAUCCUGAAAUAGCCGGCAGGAGCGGGACGGAGUGUCACGAAGCCUCCCUGCGGACGGCCAAGCACGGCUACUGUACAUACUACCCCGUCUCCUCCUCUCUAGAGUUGCCACAAACUGCAUGCUAAGUCAAGAAUUUGUUCUUAUGGACAAAUCAAAAACUCAAAAAAGCUAGUGCUGCUAUGUCAUAUAUGAAUAUUAAAUAUGGUAUGCUUACUAUACUCCAACCUAAAAUAGUUAACUACCUGAUACCAGCUGUGAUGUUUCAAGACAUAAAGGAUAACAUUUAGUUUUAAAGAUUUUCUAAGCAUAGUUUAAUUAUUGCAAAUAUUGUCGUUUCUCCAUAACUACACCUAACGAAAAUGGUCCAGAUCAGUCAGUCUCGUGAGAUUCCACGUUUAUGAAUCUUUCGAGCUCAGCAAUAAUUGAGUUGAAUUGGCUAAAAACUUUCCCCAGUUGCAGGUUUAAUUUUCACCCAAACUAUGAUUCGGGGUUUUCUUCUCAAUUAAAAAAAAAGGAAAAAAAAUCUUGGUUUUGCUCCCUUGGUGAGUUGACUCCAAGACAGAGGAAGUGAAACACAGCCCGGUGUCCUGCACAUCGUCCUACCAAUCUGAUCUUUUUAGCCAGAAGUCCAAAGUAAAGCACAAAGUCUUUAGAUGCACAUGGUUGGUGUUUGACUUGUAUGGAGAAGUUGCAUUUGAAUCAUAGCAGAAUAGCAGAAGAAAAUUUUAAAAAUUUUGCACAGUAUGAACUUCAUACCCCUUUCAAUCCCCAAAAGAACAAAGUCUUGAGAAUAUUAUUUUACGAGUAUAUUUAUAAUGUUUUUAAAAUAGACUUUGCAGAAGUGCCUAAAUUUUGUCACAUCAGACUUGAUGAAAGUGAGCCUGAUGCCAACAGUCAAAUCUCACCGGACGCGAAUAAUCUUUGAAACUCAUAGUCAGGUUACCAAAAAGAUCCAAGCUGUUAAGAAGUAAUUUAUAGAAGUAUAAAAUCAAACAAAACAAGACCAAACUAAUGAAAGAAAAGGCAAAAAAAAAGGCUGUAGAUGAAGAGAUUGUAUGAUACUCUAAUUUAAUUAAAAUUCAGUUGAGUCACUGAAACUUCACAGGUGACUUUAAUCUAGGCUAUUAACUGAACACUAAGAAUGUAGAAUGAGAUUCAGUUUAAUAAAUCAUUACUGUAUUUGCAUUUUUUUAAUUGGAUUAUAAGAUUGUAACCAGAUUAGAGUGGAGAAAAAAUAGUUCUUUUAAUUGUUUUCCUUUAAAAACAUAUUUUAUGUCACAAAAGUAUGAAGAUAUCUUUA